GAGAUGUGCAUUGGCAGUAGAGGAUAUGGAUGGAGGUACUUUCACUAUCAGUAACGGAGGAGUGUAUGGCUCAAUGUUUGGUACACCAAUCAUUAAUCCACCACAGUCAGCCAUACUGGGCAUGCACGGGGUCUUUGAUAGACCUGUUGCUAUUGAAGGAAAAGUUGAGAUUCGCCCAAUGAUGUAUAUAGCACUAACCUAUGAUCAUAGAUUAAUUGAUGGUCGUGAAGCUGUGCUCUUCCUUAGGAAAAUCAAGUCAGGAGUUGAAGACCCACGCAGUCUGUUAUUAGACCUUUAGAUGUAAUUGUAUGUGGACUGUAUACUAUAUGUUUAAUGGAGUGUACAUGUACACACACGCUAUACAAUAAUAAAUAGAAAUGAUGUAUACCAAUGGUUCUUUUAUGUGUGUGCAAUGUACAUUAAUAGUAGCUUCAUAUUAAUAUUGAGUUACUAUCACUCAGAGAGAA